AGAGUGAAAAUUCACAGAAGUCUUGACAAUGGAUUCGAUGAAGGAGUCCAUUCCUGUUGUGGUGACAGAUGACGUCGCGGAUGUUUCUGGGGGUAGCAAAUCCUCCAGAAAACAGUCCAUCAAACCCCCAGGGGGAGGAGGUCGCCGAAAGUCCAUCAUGAAAAUGUCCGGGACCACCGCGUUAGCGGGUCGUCGUCUUACUAAAGCUCUUCUAGAUCUCCCAGAGGAACAAAAUAGCAUUGCUUGUAAACCUAAAGUUCGGAUGGAAAAUACUUACAAGAUGACUCCGGAUGAAGACAGCACAUUCGUGCCAUGGAAAGUACGGAACGCCGUCAAAGAGAUUUUAGGUGAACAGCUGUCCAGCGUGUCAUAUGACAAUAAAACUGCCAGUAAAUUAUGUUGUGAUCUUGCCCAACUGAUUCGAAAUAAAGUCAGAAAUAUGGAAUUUCCCCGAUAUAAGAUUAUCUGUAACGUUAUUAUUGGACAGUGCUCGGAGCAGGGUUUGGAGGUGGCCAGUCGAUGUCUCUGGGAUGCUAAGACGGACAAUUACUCCUGUAUUGAGUAUAAAAACCAUUCUCUGUUUGCCAUUGCCAUGGUUCAUGGAGAUAUGGGACAGAUCCUAAGGCGGCAUUUAGAAUCACAAAAUGAAGUUGAAAACAACCAGGUGGUGGCCACAACAUUUCCUAACCUGGCGGAGUUGCCGCCGGAAAUCAGCAUGGCUAUCCUCUCCCAUUUAGAUGCCACUGAUCUGUGUCUAGCUGCCUGUGUCUGGGAUAACUUGGCCAAUGACGAUGUCUUAUGGAUGGGAUUGUGUAAGGCAUCCUGGGGAUAUGCCAGUGUGUAUAAGUACAUAAGACAACCAGUGAAACUGUCUUAUAAGAAACUUUUCCUGUUGUUGGAUGAGGCAUCACUCACAUUUAAUGGCAAUCCAUUUGAGGGAGAGGAAUAUCUUUUCAAAAGAGGCAUUAUGGAAAAUAAUGCAUUAGAAAUGGCAAAAUUUUUACACUUCACAAAUAAAAUAAAGCCUGAUAAAAAGAGAGAAUAUUUAGAUAUGAGGAGAGAUGUAUUAGACCACCUUCUGCAGUUACAGAACUUUCAAAACCAGUUUUUACCUAACGCCCUCCGAAAACUGUUUGGCAACAUCUCUGCUCCAAACAACAGGGGCGAAUAUCUGACAGAUAUAAUUGAUAAAUUCUCUGACAGAUUCUGCCUGUGUAAUCCUAAACUAGGACUAGAUAAAGAUACUGUAUUUGUGUUGUGCUUCUCCCUGAUCAUGCUAUCAGUGGACUUAAGCAGUCCUGCAGUAAAAAACAAAAUGUCCAAGAGAGAAUUCAUCAAGAACACCCGCCGAGCAGCACAGAAUGUUGAUGAUGACCUAGCAGGUGACCUUUAUGACAACGUCUAUCUUAUAGGUCACGUAGCUACAGAGACUGUCAGCUGACCUCAGUUGCCUUGGCGAUUUCAACACGUUGAUUAGUCACUGUUUAAGUUUUUAAUUUUAUAUAUAUACUUAUUAUCCCUUCUAUUAUGCAGGAAUGUUGUACACGUAUCAGAGUCUAUAACAGGAAGUUGUGAAUAUAAAUGUGAUACUUUUCAACAAUAAUGAGGCUUCAGUAUUUAAAUAAACCAGUCAAUUUGAUCUAGGCAUGGACAAAAUAGGAGAAAACUAAAGGAUCAAUUACACUGUGUAUAGCUGAAAGAUUUAUUCUUACAGUCAAGAAAUACUAGAUAUAUAGUAUAUAUACCACCAUUAAAUGAAACUAAGCAGGUAGCUACUAGUGUACAAUGUAUGUUUGUACUAUUAUUAUACCUGAGAGUUUGGGGGG